AUACUGACGUCUGGUUACAGAAGACGGUGCAGUACAUGACAGACUUUGAUGGGAUAAACAGUGCCGUGAAGGUGGGCCUGAUACGUCCUGUAUGCUUUCCCUCUCCACCCGCCAUGCUUCCUGUUCCUAAACACCGGUGGCUGAUGCAGGUUUAUGCUCAGGAUGUUCUGCAAAGGCUCGACGACAUCAAGGCCACCAUCACGUCACAGUUUGGUCGGAUUCUGAAAAUGGAUUCCACGAAGAAAGUGACCAGAAAACUUGCUGGAAAGAGUUUAGGCACAGCUACCUGGGCUACGAAUGUUGGGAAUGAACAUGGGCAGGUGAUCAUGUCGGUGCUCACAGCCAGCGAAGGUUUCGGUCUUGGACCAAUGAUUGAAGGCCUCAUUAAACGGUUCACUGCGGCUGCGGUGCCUCGUCCUGAAGUGCUGUAUGUGGACAGAGACUGCUGUGGCAACAGUCUUCUUAGGAGAAUGUUUGAACA